GUCUUUGUUACUUAAUACGAAUCAUCCUUAACUACUAAACCUUUUCAAAGAGUUUCAAAGUGUGUUACCGGAUAUGCCGCAUGCGAUAAUGAUCCCUCAAGGAUCAUCAUUGGAAGCUCUGCCAAAUGAGCUCCUUGACGAGAUUAUCUCCAAUCUUUCAGAUCCACCCCCUUCAUUAGCCAGGCUACAUCAACCGCCAAGCAGUAAUAUCGUCAAGUCGGGUAUCCGAGAUCUGAAGAACCUCUCAUGCACCUCUUCCCGUUUGCUCGAGGUCACACGACCACGAUUAUUUACUCACGUUUGCUUCGAUCUACGGGAUGUAGAUGAGUUUCUCUCCUUUAUAUCCGCUACAAGCCUAGCUCGACAUGUAAGUUCCGCCGUGGUCAAAGGGCGACACCCCUCGGAUGAUCGAGAGGAUCCAUUCUGGUGGCGCCGGGCAUUGUCCUAUCUCGAUCCGCAGCGCAUCACAGUCAUUGCACCGCCGUCGUGUAUUGGCAAGAUGACAGGCGCGCAGGUAUCCGAGGAACACAGUUGGGCUUUCCAAGCCCCACUUCAAAUCUUGCAGUUAGAGCAGGACACUAGAAGCUUUGACCCUCCACUACUUACUCAUCUUGAAAAGCGCUCAACGCUGCUUGAAGCUCGAUCAUGGUCCUCCCUGCUGUUCAACGAGUCCUCCUCUCUCAAGGCUUAUAAUCACUAUGAAUACUUCCUGUUUAAGGUUCCUUCACUGUUCAGCACAUGGGGCUCAUUAGCAUACGUUAGGCCUCGCCCACAAAGGUUAAUCUCGUCCCCCGCGCUCAGCAAAUUGACAUCCUUUCGGUACACCGCCGUAUUCCCGUUCUAUAAUCAUGUCAAAUUGGUCUUAAACGCAGUGGAGCUGAUGGAGAAUUUACGGUCAUUGAGUGUCCAGUUAGCACCAUGUGAGGGCGACAAGGCUACCGAGCUAGAACAAAGGGGGUCUAUGGACCCUAGUGACCCUUGGAUGGAAAUUACUACAGGUUAUUCACUUAUCGGGCAUUCUGUAAGUGACAUGGGCAACAGAGGCAGCCUUGCUGAGUUCUGUGCCUGCGACUAUGCACUCGGCCCUUUACGGACUGAGUUAUGUCCCAUACUGGAAGAUAUCCUAGGUGGUAGUGAAUGGGCCCACGAUGGCCAAGGGACUUGGACUAAGAAGAGCAUAUGUUCUGCUGCUUGUGCGCCAGCAACAGUGGAAUCUAUUGUGCGAACAGCCGUUGCUUAACACGAUGUCGGCUUUCAAGGCACGCUGGGUUUGAGUAAUCGGGAUUCUUAAGAACCGUAAUGACGGGUCUUUAAUUAGGAAAAUGCGUUGUAUAAAGAAAUAUAUACAAGGUUAGGGAGAAUUGCAUAUAUACAAGUCCGAAA